AUGGGCGUAAGCAAGAUGAAACUUAGCUGGUCGGAGCUUUGUUCUGAUUUGCUGCGAUGUGUUUAUGAACGUCUCAGUUUUGCAGAUAUAAUUCGAGCCAAAUCAGUUUGUUCAUCGUGGCACUCAGCUUCGAGAGGCUUCCUCCCUAAACGCAAUCAGAAUCCAUGGCUGAUUCUCUUCCCGAGCAAUGGCAGCCACGAUAGCAAUGGUACUUGCUUGUUCUUCGUUCCGGAGGAUAAAGACAAAGUCUACAAAACCAGAGAUCUUGGUGUUGACUUUGCUCGGAGUCGUUGUCUUGCUACUUACGGUAGCUGGCUCUUGAUGAUGGACAACCUGUGGAAUCUCAACGUUCUGAAUCCCUUAACCGGUGAGAGGAUUGACUUACCUGCACUUACAGAGCCUGUAGUGCCUGAAAGAUUUAGACCAAUGUUGAAAUCUAGUUUAGCUUGUCUCUGGAUUGACAAGAAAACCAAAGAUUACCUAGUUGUCUGGACGAUGGAGCACUUCCUGGUCUUUACCAAGAGAGGGAUUAACACGUGGCGAGGGUUUUCUUCUAAAUACGUGGGAGGGACCACGGGGUAUGUACAAAUGGUCUACGAUCACAAGGCUCAAAAGCUCUACGCCUAUCGUCUUUGUUAUGGUGACAUCAAGAUCUGGUGUUUCUGUGGAGAUGAUGAGCCGCAAGAAGUUUUUGAAGCCGAGUCUGCUUGCCUUACUGGCUUCAGUUAUCGCGAUUUCCUCCCUGAUAGGUGGCGAACAAAUGGUUUUGACUUUGAAAAAGAAGCAGGUUUAUUCACGGCUGAGUAUGUUAACGGCUGGAUAAACAUUGCACUCACGGUAUCGGGACAAGUCCUCAAGGUAUCUACUGUAGUGCAACGCUCCAAGAGAUGGCUUUUUCGCAUUCACAAGAUAUCUCAUGUGACCAAAAAGUGGAAAGAAAUUGAAUCUUUGGGAGAGGAGGCAUUGAUAUUAGACAUGGGUAUCACUGUUGUCGCCAAAGACAUCCCAGGGAUCAAAAGAAACUCGAUCUAUUUCAGUGGCGUUGGUGAUGGCAGAGCGGACCCGGACAACUUUUUUGUCUUUGAUCUAGCCACCCAAAACAUCCAACGUCUGCCACAGUGUGUUUUCUCUCCCAUUCACUUCUCUGAUGCUCGAUGGUUCUUUCCCGGUUUAAGAAAUUAAUCUUCUUGGUAAAAAACC